GUUGCACUUGAAUUCUCUGCAUGAUGGCCCGGACGAUUGACUUUGUGCAAGGAUGGAGAAGUAUGCAGAUUGGUAUUACUAAAUUGGAAAAGUAUGUGGAAGGACUUCCUGGGCACUCACUUAAUGGUGAGCAAUAUAUAAACCUUUACACGACUGUCUACAACAUGUGCACCCAGAAACCUCCUCAUAAUCACUCAGAGAAGCUUUAUAACAAGUACCGUGAAAUACUUGAGGAAUAUACUAACUCGACAGUUUUGCCUGCUUUAAGGAAGACCUAUGACGAUGAAUAUAUGCUGCUGCGAGUGCUUCUUGAAAGAUGGUCUAUCCAUAAAAAUAUGGUUAGACGACUAUCCAGGAUCUUCAACUAUCUUGACCGUCACUACGUUGUUUACAAAUCACUCCUACAUUUAGAAGAAGUUGGAUUAGCAUGCUUUGUUGACCUGGUUUAUAGCACGUUGCAACGCAAGGUCAAAGAAGCGGUAAUAACUAUAGCUGAUAAAGAACGAGAAGGUGAUGAUACUGGUAUUGAUAGGGCGUUACUUGAAAAAGUUAAAGACAUUUAUGUAGAGUUUGGAAUGGGUAAGAAGAAAAGAUACGAACAAGAUAUGGAGAGCUACAUGCUUGAAGGUACAGCGUCUUACUAUUCUCGCAAGGCUUCAAGAUGGAUUCAAGAAUAUUCUUACUUUGAUUACAUUCGGAAGUCUGAAGAAUGUGUAAAGAAGGAGAAGGAGAGACUGUCUCAUUACAUUUACUCAAGCAGUGAGCCAAAGCUGGUUAAGAAAGUGGAACACGAGUUGUUUGUAGUGCAUGCAAACCAGCUUCUUGAGAAAAAACACUCAGAGUUCAGGGAAAUUGCGGGAGGCUUGGAACCUGUUGCAACCAUAUUCAAGCAGCAUGGUGAAGGUGAACAUGGUCAAGACGCGGAUGCAAUCAGAAAAUUGAUUGAGGCACAUGAUAACUACAUGGUCUAUGUCACAAAGUGUCUCGAGAACCAAACCAUCUUUCACAAGUCCUUGAAAGAGGCAUUUAAGCUUUUCUGCAGCAAAGCAGUGCCUGGAAGCUCUCUAAGUGCUGAGUCACUGGCGACAACUUGUGAUAGAAUUAUAAUUCUCAAGAAGUGGGCAAGUGUGGAGCUGAGUGAUGAAGCUAUUGAGAAGGUGGUCAAGUUUCUUGCUUAUAUAAGUGAUGACAAGGAUCUUUUUGCAGAGUUUUACAGGAAGAAGCUGGCACGUAGGCUGCUAUUGAAUCGUAGUGCUAGUGAUAAUCAUGAGAGAAGAAUUAUUACAAAGCUCAAGCAACAGUUUGGUGGGAAUUUUACUCAUAAGAUGGAGGGAAUGCUGACAGACUUGACAUCGUCAAGACAAAACCAAAAAAGUUUCGAUGAGUAUGUAGCCAAUAACCCUGCUGCAAAACCAGGGAUUGAUUUGAACGUCAUUCUUCUUACAACUAGUGUUUGGCCAAGUUACAAAACGUUUGACGUGAAUCUACCUAGUGAAAUAGUCAAGUGUGUUGAAAUUUUCAAAGGGUUUUAUGAAACCAAGCACAAACGUAGGAAACUUACUUGGCUCCACUCACUAGGAACUUGUCACAUCAACGGAAAGUUUGAUCAAAAACCCAUUGAGUUGAUCGUGUCGACCCACCAGGCUGCUGUGCUUCUGCUUUUUAACACAAGGGACAAACUGAACUACACUGAAAUCCAAACUCAACUGAACCUAAGCCAUGAAGAUCUUGUGUGGGUGCUUCAUUCCCUGUCAUGUGCUAAAUACAAGAUUCUUAUCAAGGAGCCAGCAACAGAGACUGUCUCCAAGACUGAUGUUUUUGAAAUCAACUCCAAAUUCACCGCUAGAAUGAGCAGAGUAAAGAUUCCUCUCUCUCAUGUUGAUGAAAGGAAGAAGGUUGUUGAAGAUGUUGAUAAAGACAGGCGCUAUGCAAUUGAGGCUUCUAUUGUCAGGAUCAUGAAGGGCAAGAAAAUAUUGGGACAUGAACAACUUAUUUCUGAGUGUGUCAACCAACUUAUUGGGAUGUUCAAGCCUGAUGUUCAAGCGAUUAAAAAAGGAUAGAGGAAUUAAUAGCAAGAGAUUAUUUGGAGAGGGACAAGAUGAAUCCGAACAUGUUUAGGUACUUGGCUUAGGGAACAAAGCAUAUAUCUGGUAGUGUAUUACAU